AUGGAAGCCUCUAAAAAGUUCAAGAAAAAGCAAACCAAUACUGUCCUUGGCCAAGAUACUAUGGCUUAUUCUAACAUUAAAGGCAUCAUUGUAGGCCAUGUUAACGAGGUAUAUAGUAAGAUGAUCAACAACCUAUGGCAGAUGUACCAUGAUUUUAGCUCGUAUAUGCCAAUUAAUUACAAAGAAAUUAUGGAUGACCCUCUCGAAAUUUGGACAACCUAUCUUAAGUAUGAGAUCGAGAAAUACGAAAAAGACCGCUUCACAGGCGAAAUCUCAUUCUGGAAACCACAAAACAUCACAGAUCUAAAAAUGAGAGCUGAGUUCUGAAAAUCUCGUGAUAUCUUCAAAGACAUUAACCAGAUCCCUUGGAGAUUUCGAAUUUCUGAAAGAGCUUUAUUGAGAUUCAAGGAUUUUUCUAAAGAUAUGAAAAGUACGCUACUAAAGAAAAUGAUCGAGUUUAGCCUUGGGUAUAUAUCUGAUGAUUAUAAUUGCCGAAUCUUGAAAAAUGGCCCUUGUAUUGGAAUGGUAUAUUUUUCAUUUCCAUUUUAUAAUGUGAAUUAUGGUUAUUAUGACAUCGAGUGGCAUGGAGUUGGUGCAUGCUUGAUUGAGAGAAUUCCAAUUGUCAAAAAUGGUAAAGUUGUUGAGUAUUCACAUGAGCACUAUAUCAAACUAAUUGAAAUUAUUGACAGCGAUUAUGGUACACUUGAAUUGAUAGAGAAAUUCUCAGACGAAAUCAGUGAGGACCCUGACAAAUGGAUUGAAUAUUCUGAAUGGGUUGGAGACUUAAGUAUUUCUAAUCAAUUAAGAUAUGCUACAGAUAAAUGAUAUCCAUUAAUAAUCCCACAAAUGUUUUUGACUGAAGAGGAAUCAGCAAGUAUACAGUUUGAUGCAAGUACAGGAAGAUGGGUAUGAAAGGACCGAGCUAUUUUGGAGAAUCGAGAGAAAAAUGAAAAUUUUAAAAAUAACUUAGUCAAAAAUCUAACUUAUUCUCCAUUUGAUAAAAGCAAAUCUCCACUCUUUUAUCGGAUUUGUGAUCAAAAUAGUUUUCUAGCUUUCUUUUAUUUUAAUAACUUAAAUAUUUUUAUUAUUAAUCUAUAAAUUUUAGCAAGUAUUUAAUUCAUUUUUCAUUUAAAAAUAAAAAACUGUUUAUUUAAAUCUUAUUUAUUAGCGAAUAUAAUAUUAGCACGUGGAAGUAAGUGAAGAAAAUAGCGGAAAGGACUUCAUUAGACUUCUGAAGACUCUUCCUAACAUGGCUUUAAAGCUGACAGAAGAAGAACUAGAACUUAUCAGCACUCCAGGAAAUGUUCUUGCUAUAGGAAGGUCUGGAACAGGAAAAACCACUUGCUCACUGCUACGUAUGUUUUCAGCUGAAAUUCUUUUUAGAUAUAAAAUGCUAAAAAAGAAAAAGCUGAGAGCAGAAGAUGUAGAUAAGCCUUCAUCUCUACAUUUCAUUUUUGUCACUGCCUCUCCAGUCCUUACAAAUGAAGUUAAGAUUUAUUAUAGCAAACUCAAUAAACUAAUCAAAAAUGGCUUAGAGGCCAAAGAGAGAGCAGCAAAGCCAGAUCUUGAAGAAGAAAAAGUAGAAGAAAUCAAGUUAGAAAGGCAAGUCUCUGAACUUUCACAGGCUGAAGAAAUAGAAGAAGAAAUAACUUCAGGCCCACAUUCUAUGAAAUUGCUUACAGAUAACGAUUUUCCAUUAUUCGUUACUAUUAGGAAACUAGUUUUAAUGAUUGACGGAAGCUUACUCUUUCUUUUCAAAAAAUAUUAUUAUUUAAUUUUUAAUUCAAAAAUAUUUUAAAUAGUUAUAUAGGAGAGUCAGACAGACCGUUUUUUUCGAGGGACAAAAAUGGAAGAGUGAUAGGAUCUUCUUCAAAUUUUGAGUGGCAUAAUGAACUGAUGGGUGCGCUUGAAAUUGGAAAAGCCUAUAAAAAGAAAAAAAGGGAGCAGUCUGAAUUUAUGAGUGAUGACUCAGAUUCUGAUGAAGACCUUCUUGUCGAAGAAAGCAAAAAAAAUUAUAUGCCAGAAUCUUAUUAUCAACAACAUCUGAGAAGCCGGGAAGUUGAUUUUAAAGAUUUUUCUGAAAGUUUUUGGCCAAAUUUGUCAUGGCGAGGUAAAUUUUCACCAUUGGUCUUAUGGACAGAAUUUUCAGCUUAUAUCAAAGGAAGCCCAAAGUCGUACUUAUCUAGAAACUUUUACCUCACAUUAGAUGAAUAUCUUCUUGCAAGUAAAAAAUCAUCAAAUCUAACAAAAGAAGAAAAAAUAGAAAUAUACAAAGCUUUCAUUGCUUAUGAAACGAUGAAAAGAGAAUCCUACUGCUAUGAUUUUCAGGACAUAGUAAACUAUAUUUUGUGUGAAAUUCAUUACCAUGGGUAUAAAGGAAUUCCAAUCCAUUAUAUGAUGGUUGAUGAGGUCCAAGAUUUGACAUCUGCAACACUUACUUUGCUGCUUGAGGUUACAGGCCAGAAAUUAUUUUUUUCAGGAGAUACUGCACAAACAAUAGCCAAAGGUGUUGGCUUCAGGUUUUGCGACUUAAAAAGUUUGUAUUAUGAGUCUGCUAUCAACCCUCCUAAAGUAAUACAGCUUACUAUAAAUUUCAGAUCUCACAAUCAAAUCUUAGAACUCGCCAAUUCAGUUGUGGCACUACUAGAAACUUUAUUCCCAGCUACUAUCGAUAAGAUGGGGAGAGAAAAAAGCUUAAAAGAUGGUCCUCAUCCUAUUAUCAUAAACAGUGGCAGCCCAGAUGAUUUAUUGAAUUUUUUAUUUACCAGUAUAGCCGAGCCUCCUUUUGGCUCGGACUAUCCUGAUUUCUCCCGAAUUUGAAAGAGGGAUUAGUUGAAACUAAUCCCCAGAUGGCAAAUUUCGAAUACAGAGUGGAUUUGUCAUCUGGGAGUUGGUUUUACCAUUCCGACAUCAGGAGAUCUGUAUAGCCCAAGCCAAAAGGAGGCUAGGGCUAUAAUGAAAAUUCUCAAGCUUCAAAUAUCCAAUUCGGCUGCAACCAAGUUAUUAUUGUGAGAAAUCAAGAAUCCAAAUUGAAGCUUCACAGAUCGCUUAAAUCAGCUCUGUGUUUGACUGUUUAUGAAGCCAAAGGGCUAGAGUUUGACGAUGUAAUUCUCUAUAAUUUCUUUACUGAUUCUGAAAUGCCAAUAAAAAAUUGAAAAGCUUUAGACUAUAUUGGAAAAAUUCAAGAUGACCCUAAUUAUAAGCCAAGUAGUUUAGAAGACCUAGAAAACCAAACCCCUAAGUUAUCAUGCAGCAAGGUCAUAGAUAUAAAAAAAUAUUCACUAUUGUGCACUGAACUAAAACAAUUAUAUGUAGCCAUCACAAGGCCAAAAGUCAGACUGAUUAUUUAUGAUGACAAGCCAGAAAUAAGGGACAAAAUGCAAAGUUUCUGGCAGAAAAUAGGAUCUUCUUCAUUCCAAACAUCAGAAGAGCUACAGGGCUCAUUAUUCCAAACUUUUGCAAAAUCGUCUACUAAAGAAGAAUGGACAGAGCAAGGGCUUAGAAUGAUGUCCCAUCAGUUCUAUGAACAAGCUGCCAAGUGUUUCAGAGCUGCUGAUGAUAUUAUAUUAGAGCGAAAAGCUUUGGCUUAUCUUAAAGCUACCCAGGCCUCUGAACUUCUUGUUGCUGUAGAAGGAAAAAUAUAAAUUCUUAUCCUCGGAGAUAUUUUUUAUUUUCAAGAAUUUCCUCAACAUUAUUUUACCCAAAAAUUUUCCUCCUCAAGCAUUUGAUUGAAAAAUAAUGAUUUUUGCCAAGCAAAUAAAGAGGACAAAUAGCUCUGGAAAGAAAUCAAGGCCGAAAGACAUGCUACGGAAAAAAUUCAGUAGCUUGAAAUAGUAGUAAGAGUUCAAAGAAACAACGCAGAGAAAUACUAGAAAAGGCAAGAAAUGAUUUUAUUUCAGCUGGAAAUGAAUUUUUAAGCCUCUCUGAAAUUGAUGAAAAUGAAAAGAGAAUUAUGCUAAAGGAAGCUGCAAGAUGUUUCGCCUCAGCAAAAGAAAAUGAAAAGGCAGCUGAUAUUUUCCAAAGCAUUGGGCUCAAUAAUCAGGCCGCAGAAGCAUUUUUAGCUUGUGGACUUUAUGAAUCUGCAGGUGAUUUAUUUGCAGAGAAAUUUGAAUAUAUAAGAGCUAUAGAUGCUUAUAGAUGCGGCAGAAAAUGGGAUAAAUUGGUGCAUUGCAUAUAUAAAUGUAGAAAUAACAUGACAGAUGAAGAAAGAAAGAAAUUUAUCAAGAAAUAUGUCCCUGUAGCUUUAGAAACCUUAAUUCCAAAGGUUCUACCAACUGCGGAUAAAGACACACAAUAUAUUAACAGAAUUGUAGAAGAGGAUAAAAAUAUUAUUCCAGAGGAAAAAGAAAAGGCAGAAGAAAGCGAAGAAGAAAAAGAGGAGCCUCCAUCUAAAGCUUUACAGCCAGAAGAAUCUUUUUCAUUAAUCCAAGAAUCUGCUGCAUCCUUUAGCUUAUUAGAAUCCUCUUCGGCGGACAGUUUCAGCAUAAUAAAAGAUGAUGACCAAAUAUAUGAAGUUCUCCAAGACAUUGACCCUGAAGACGAAUGGCUUCAAUCAGACUCAGGCUCUGUCAUAGAUUCUUUGGGGUCCACCAUCAAUAAAGAAGGCACAGUCCUUUCCGAUUAUUCAAUUAUCGACAAUGUCCACGCCGCAGCUCUCAAUCAAGGUGGAAAACUAAUUAAUACCAAAACUGACAUUUUCAUUGAAGAUCAAGCCAUGCGAAAAAUAAUUGAAUACGUCAGCAUGUUUUCUACAGAUGUGUCUUCAUUUCUAAAAGACUUUAAAUCAGCAGAGUCUCUUGUAAGCACCCAAGAAAUCGCUGAGUCAUGGGAAUUGGCAUCCUUAAUUGACCUUGAUGAAAUUUCUCCUGAGUUAUUAGGAAUUAUAUUGGAUACUUUAGAAGAAUUCGGGAUGUAUAAAAUGUGUCUUUUUGUCUGCAAUAGAUAUCAUUUAGAAGGAAGGAUAGGCAGGUAUGUGGUUUCAUUAGCUUUUAAGUAUUCCAAUAAUUCCAUAUUAAAGCCCCACGACAUAAGCAGGCCGUUUUUUAUGAAUGCACAAUACCAAAGAGCAAUGAUUGCUUAUACAGCUAUUCAUAAUGUAUUAGAAAUGAUUAAUCCUGAAUAUUUGUCACUGAAAAGGUUUUUUGAUGGGCGAAAUCUUGGAAUUGAGUCAUUCAGAGGGCUGAUUUUGUUAGGAUACUGGAAGAAAACUGUGUAUAUCAUGGAUAAAGAAAACUCUUUAGCAGUGACAUCUUCAUUUAUGGAUUAUAAAAAUUUCAAACAUAUUUAUUUAACAUUUGAAAACCCUGAUAAUUUGGGGAUAAUUAAUGAAGAAAACUUUGCGUGACUUCCUUUCGUUACUCCUUCUAAUGAAGAAGAAGUCAAAGCUGCAAAAAUUGCUUUAGAUUCAGUUGUUUGCAAUCUUAAUGCUCUCCAUUUUGUUACUCAAAAAUUCAACUCUGCCGCUUCUUUAGGAAAAAUGCCGAGCUUCCCUGAGUAUUUUGUGUUUAAUGAAAUUUUGUGGAAAUUUAUAAAUAAAAAGGAUGAGUCUUUAUUCAUGAAUUACUUGAGACAAUGCAUUGGAUUGAUUAAAGAUGUGCUACAAGGUAAAGCUUUUAAAACAGCUAUGAGUGAAUUGAGAGCUUGGGAUGCCCUGUCAUUUUUUACUCAAUUAUUGAUUGGAUCUGCCUAUCAGCCUGCACUAAAAUCUUUCUUGCAAAAUUUAUCAUAUAAAGACUUCCAAGAAAUUUUGGUGGUGUCAAGUAUGAUUGUAAAAUUGCUAAGCUCAAAUUAUCAAAUUCUUGACUCCCAUUACUCAACCUUGGUGUUUGCAAUACUAGCACCACUUGGGAUCCGCCAGUUAAUUUCAGCCCCAGUGACAAUGGUAUUUCCUCACUUAUCACACGCAUUGCUUCAUAAAAGCAAUAUUUUGCUGAAAACAAUCAAUGUUUCAGAUAUUGAAAAAGUAUAUGUUGUCGACAUUGAAGGACAAUUUUUAAUUCUCCCUAUAAAAAGCAUUGCCUAUGCAUUUUCUAAAGAAGUUGUUAACUCGCUUAUUUCUAUAAUAAAAGUUAGAAAUAUUCACCCUAAGUCACAGCUUGCUUCAAUAUCUGAAUUAUCAAAUAGGCAUGGAGAGUUGUGGAUGAUUGACUUCAUUAAUUCCCAUAUUGAUGGGAAUCCUUACAAGCUUGAAAGUUUAUCAUCAACGUUCUUAAAAGAGUCUAAUGAAUAUAAAGAACACAUAAAGUAUAAGAAAAGGCUGGAGAAAAUCCUUAGUGUUGCUGAAGGAGACAAAGAAUCACUGAAUUUUAUUAAAGAACAAAAUAAAAAAGAAAUAGCAUUUCUAGAAAAUGAGAUCCAAAUAUAUAAAGAAAACUCUGUAGAAAAUAAAGAUAGUGUGCUGAAUUUAAUUAUUGAAAAAUGCUCAUUUAUGCCAAAGAAUGAAAUCAAGAUAACAAAAAUAGCGAAACAUGCACUGCUUAAUCAAGCACAGAUAUUGAUGGAAUUAUCAGAAAAAUCUCAUGAUUCAGCUGAGAUUGUAGAAGAACUGCAAAUUUCAUAUGAGCUCUGCAAACUCUCAGGAUAUUCUUCAUAUUUCCAUGAGAUGCUAAAACAAAGAGUUAAGCCAAUUAUAUCAUCUUCUAAUGAAAAAGUUUUUAAAAAUCAUUCAUUUUAUCAGUAUACUGUCGCAUAUUUGGAUAUUGACUUCUAUUUCGAGCAAGGAGCCUUUGAAGACAUUUCGACAUCAAUUUUAUCUUUAUUAGAUGCCCAAUUCUUUGAAAUGAAAAUCGGAAAAGUCAUCAAAAUAAUUGAAAAAGCUGUGGUCUGCUGGGCUAUUUCUUUGGGUAAACCUGUAAAAUUGUCUAAAAUCCAUAAUAAGUAUUUUCCUAAAAAUACAGAAGUGAAGCACAAAGAAGCAAUUAUAAAAGGGAUUAGUAAAGGGAAAAGAUCUUCGAUUGCUGCUAAUAUUUUUGAAUGAACAGUAAAGACUUUAAGCGAAAUUAAUAAAUCUGAUACAAAUGCAAAAUCUAAAAAAAAAUUAGGCUCAAGGAUCUAUGAAUUUUUGCCUAUUCUCGUUCGUUAUGGGUCUCCAAACUAUUUAUUUGAGUCAAUGAUGAAAAUGCAAUUAAAUAGAGAAUUCGAACUCAUAGGAAUAACCAGUGAUAUUCAAGAAAUAGUGGAAAUAGCCAGCUUUGAAUCUCUUGAAGAAUAUCAAGCUAUUAAUUUGACUUUACCUCCAAAAGAUGGCGAAAUUCUGGUUACUCAUCAAGAAAUGAUAAGCGAAGAAGAAAAUUUGGUAAAACAUAACACUUCUUGGAUAUCCGAAGUCAAGCUUUUUGCGCUCCAUCAUGAUAAAGUCUAUAAAAUCAGAAAACUAAAAGCACACAGAAAAAAACUACCAAAUUUUUCUAUCCCACAGCUAGUUUUAUUUUCUUCCUUAUCUUCGAGAGCUAAGGAUAUCCAAGCACUUAAAGCAGACUGGGAAAAAUCAAAAAAUUAUUCAACCAUUAUCUCUACCAUUGAAAAAUUCCAAACAGAAAUCAGUGAAUGCAUUUAUAAAGAAAGCUUAAAAAAACCUCUAGAUUUCCAUUAUUUGCUAAAACAAAUGAAUUGGCUUUUAUCAGUUUUUUGCAAUAUUAGUACUUUUAUCGUUUCGCCAGAUUUAGACUCAAUUGAUAUAGUAGAAAAAUCAAUUCAUGAAGUUGAGGCAUCAAUUAAGCGACUAAAUGUAUGGAAAAAUGUAAUUAUUCCAAAAAAUAAGAAAAUUGAAAUCAAAUUACAAAAGAAAUGGAACUUCAGGUGGAGACAAGAAAUGCUAAAUAAAAGAAAGAAAGGACUGAAAAGACAGGAAGCAUUAGAAAAGAAAAAAGACAUGCUUAAAUACUCAUAA